UCCAAUUUUAAAUUAAAUGUUGUGUUAUUGGAGAAGUUUGAUGGAAUAUCUAACCUUUUUCAUAUAAGAUUAGCGUCACAGAAUUAUUUGAGUGAUUUUUUUAUUUUCUCUGGACAAAUUACUACAGAUGAAGUUUUGACUGCAUUUUGCAUGCAGUGAAGCGAUAGGAAGCUAUGGCACUGCCACAGUCUGCCACACUUGAUGGUCUACCAAAACAAUUUGUAGUAGCAAUGCGGACACUCUUUGAUAUAAUGGAUGACAAAAGGACAGGCUAUGUCAAGUUUUCAGAAAUUGAGAAUCGUUGGCAAGAUGAUGGAACCAAAGGUCUUCCCAAAGGAGUAAUUGACAGUUUGCAGAAAGUUACUCCACCAAAUGGUUUACUCUCAUUUGAACGAUUCUGUGCCGGUCUAAAAAUAUGUCUGCUUCGGAACCAAGUAGAGAGUACUCAAGGUCAGUCACACAAGCCUGAGUGCUCUAGCCCACCUCAGCCAAUUCGUCCUCCUUCUGCACCACUUCUUGAUAUAGAAUCAUCAGCAAAACAAUCUUGGACUGCACCCAAUACUGCCACUGUCUACCCCAACAAUGCCAUGUCACAACAGAGGACACUAAGUAUGCCUCAGCUUCUUGGAGACAGGAAAGAGAAUAUUCAUCCAGAUGUAAAUGAGCUGAGAAACUAUGCAAAUGAUGCAAAACUUAAAAUGCCUAAUAUGAAGCCUGGAGGCAUACUGUAUGGCCCACCUAAACCACCUCGAACAGCUGCAGGACUCGAGAGAGCCAUGCUUGUCACCAGUAGUGAAAGAAACCUGGGAACAGAGAGGAACCUGGAUAAAGCUGAGAUACGCACAGCACUGCAGAACUGGCAGAUAGGUAUCAUGAUGAAUGAUCAUGAAGUGACCAAAGCCAUGGGUUACCCAGGGGGCUCGCAAGGUGGACGAGGAUCAGGAGAUGGAAAACCUUCUGGUCAGCCAGAUCAGGUGGGAAUUCCUCACAAAAAAAUGACAGGGCGAAGAAGAGAGCCAAGGCGCCAUACAUUACAAAAUGGAAUUGAUUAUAACAUGCUAAAAAGAAUGAAGCAGAUUGAACAAGAGAAAGAUGUAUUGAUGCAAGGACUGCAGGCAGUUGAAAGAGCCAGAGAAUGGUACUUGAAACAGGUAGCUGCUGUGCAAGAGAAAAUGAAGUAUUUAGGGAGAAUGGGAUCUCAUAUGGAGCAGUGGACUGAAGCACAGCAGGAACGCUUAGAACUACAGCGAGCCAGAGUUUUAGAAGUGAACAGGCACCUUGCCACCCUGACAGAUAGCUGGGAGCGUGGAGGACUGCCCCUACACAUUAAUCUUGCUGUUCACCAUGCAAGCCCAGCAUCUCAUGAUCUUCUGUCACGACUUAAACAACAGAACCAUCUCCUUACAGAGGAAGUGAGUAAGAAAAGUGAGCGGAUCACAGCCCUUGAAAGAGAGAAGGCCUCACUUAUUCGAGAACUAUUCCAGACUCGAUCUCAGAACAGAAGAGGAAAUGAACCUCCAGAUGAUGCUGCUUUCAUGUGAGGUGUGAUAUGAGUAGGCAUACUAACUGCUAAAGACAUCUACACGAUAGUUCAUUUCUUCCCACACACGCCCCAGCAUGUCAGCGGUGAUGUUUCAAAUGGCAGCUCUGAUACGCACCUUCAGAUCCAGGAUAGUUGCAGAAGUGCCGCUGGACAAUGGCAACUGACCGACUUUGAUGAUAUUCGAGAGUACAAAACGCCUUCUCCUUACCGUUAGCCGCCAUAUUGCAAAAGCUGACACUUGGUGGCCAAACGCAUAACUACUGGAUGGCGGGCGGUACAGAACAAAACUUUGAGAGUUUCUGUAUCCACCAGUGUAAUGAUAAUAGUCGUAUGUUUAAUGCAUUGCCCCACAAAAAUUCACAAAACCCUGACAGUCUUUUUGAAUAGCCCUGUACAGGCACACCUCAGAGAUAUUGUCAGUUCGGUUCCAGACCACCGCAAUAAAGCGAGUCACACAAAUUUUUUGGUUUCCCAGUGCAUAUAGAAGUUAUCAUUCAAUUUGUAAAGAAAGGCAAUAUCUGCGAAGCGCAAUAAAACGAAGUAUGCCUGUAUGUGGUUCAUUACACAUUUUUGUUCUUAUUGGGACUUCCUCAUUGUCAUGGAUUCUGCAUUCUUAUACUCUGUAAUUGUCUGUCAUUCCAGUUUGUUCCUUCCAUUGCUUUAUAUAUCAUUUGUAACCAAAUGAAUUUUUGGCUUUCCCCAUUCACAUCUUUCAGUUAGUUUCUAGUCUUCUGUGUUGUUUUUAUGUAUGUCUAUAACACUGCAGUGUUUUGUUUUAUUUUAUUACACGCACAACAUUUCUCUUCUACAACCAUUGUUCCUGUAUUUCAUUUUGCACUUUGGUUUUCCUAGUUUAUCUUUGAUGUCUUGAAUCAGUUCCUGGUGAUUUCACUUGAUUGUAACCCUUUCAGUAAAUACCUAUGUAAUGUCUUCACAUGUUUUUAGUUGUUCUGCUUGUGAUCUGACUUUUAUUAGCUGAAAAAUGAACACUUUUGAAUGUAUGGGUUUGCAAUUUUCACAUUCUUAAUAGGAUAGUUUCAUAGGAAACUUCAUUGUAUUAAUGUUUGAGGAUAUGAUCAUAUUUCCAUUGUUAAUGUUGAUCCAACUAACAAAGUUCCACUGUUGCUAAGUCUCAGUCACUGGAAAUUGGUGCGUUCCGUUGGUGAUCUGCAGGUUUGUAAUUCUGAACUCAUUUGAAUCUUUUGAUACAAAGGAUUUUUUAUUGAGGUAUAUUAAUUGGAAGGUGUAAUAAUUUGAACCUCUAAAACGUGAGCUCCUGAAACUGUACAUGUACUUCAACAGUCACUCACAAAAGAUAAAUUUAUUUUUAAACACACAGUACUGUGAUAGAAGUGCUGAUUCCGUCCAUAGCAUUCAUCAGCACUUCAGAAAUGUUUUUGAGUUAUCUAUAUUAAGAAUGAAGUGAUUUUUAUAACAUAUUUUGAAUUGGGCACAAACAUGAGAUAUAGUAUUAAGUUACGAUAGUUAACCAUUUCACUGUUAUAGCCUGCACAGUUUCAUCUCAUGGAAAAUCGCCGUCUUCCACUAAUUACACAAAACCGUUGCAAUACUCAGGAUAUUAAAAAAGCUAAGAUAUCAGAUGCUGGAUGUAUGAAGGCAAAGAAUUAUGUGUGUAUUUAGGAAUGAUUUACUGGAGCCACAGUCACUGGCCUGAAUAGAUUAUUAAACUUGUGUUUUAUUGGAAGAGUUAUGCUCCGUGGCAUAUCGGAACAAUGCAGUCUGUAAGUAUACCUGUUCACAGUCUGUUAUCAAGCUGCCAUACAUAGAGUAGCAAAAGCCACAAAAAUGUUUCUCUUGUGACAUUUUUUUUAAAUUAUUGGUGUCAAAGUUGGUAUGACCAAUUGGCAACAUGAAAAUCAUCCAAGAGUAAAGGUGUACUUGGGUAGGAGAACACGAAAAUUGAUCUCUGCAGCAAAUAAACAGGGACUCCAAUAAUAAUUACCACUAUUAUGGAUACUGAGUAACUAGCUGUGAUGGUGAUUUUUUAGUAGCAGUUAUCAAAUCACUGUUACCGAUAUAGUGCUCAUUUCUUAUGCAUGUACACUUGCUUGGUAAUUAUUCACCUUUUUGUAAGUGUAAAAUGUGGGAGUUCCUUGAAGUUUUAAAAUACUGAACACUUGUUAUUAACAACACUGAUUUUCAUUUAUAUUGGUAAGUGCAAUUUGUUAAAUUUUGUAUUAAUUUUAUGCAGAAAUGCUCAAACAUGUGUAAGAUUAAACAAUUUCAAACAUUA